AUGUCAGAACAUAGCAGUUCAUGUCAAGAAAACGAGCGUACCCGCCUUAUCCCCGAACACAUCAACAGAACCACAUCAUGGAGUGGCGAUGAAGAAGACUCAUUCUCCCGGGAGUUGAUUUUCAAAGAGUUCUGGGUCUUGCUCAGAGACUCUACCCCGGUGAUUCUAGCCUACACUUUACAAAACAGCCUCCAGACCGUGUCCGUGCUCAUCAUCGGUCGCUCAUCGCCCGAGAACCUUGCAGCAAGUGCAUUUUCGCAAAUGUUCGCAAUGGUCACGGCUUGGAUGAUUGCAUUAGGAGGCACAACGGCCAUCGAUACUCUUGCAUCGUCGUCAUUCACUGGCAGCUCCAACAAGCAUGAUCUGGGAAUUUUACUCCAGAGGGGAUUCCUCGUUCUGGGUCUCUUUUAUAUACCUAUCGCUGCCUUGUGGGCUUUUUCGGAGCCUCUUUUCUUGUUGCUCGGACAAGACCCGCAACUUUCGUGCGACAGCGCCAGGUUCUUGACGUGUUUGAUUCCGGGAGGAUUGGGAUACAUUUACUUUGAAGUGAUGAAGAAAUAUCUCCAAGCUCAAGGCGUAAUGCGAGCGGGAACAUACGUUCUGUUGAUAACGUCCCCUCUCAAUGCCGGACUUACCCAUUUGUUUUGCUACACGAUCGAGAUCGGGCUGCUUGGCGCGCCUAUUGCAACAGGGAUCUGCUACUGGCUGUCAUUUGCCCUGCUAGUUGUCUAUGCACGAGUCAUUCAGGGCUCGGAAUGCUGGGGUGGAUGGUCUCGCGUGGCCUUGAGUGAUCUUCGCACUUUCACCCGGCUCUCAUUAAUGGGAAUAGUCCAUGUUGGCACAGAGUGGUGGGCUUUUGAAAUCGUCGCUUUAGCGGCCGGCCGUCUUGGGCCUGUCUCGCUCGCAGCCCAAAGUGUCAUUAUGACAGCCGACCAGGUUCUCAACACCAUUCCAUUUGGAAUUGGGGUUGCAACAUCCGCUCGUAUUGGCAAUCUUCUAGGAGAAAGAGACGUCAAGGGGGCUGCACGCGCCGCACAUACGUCUGCUUUGUUGAGUAUCAUCCUCGGUGGUGUUGUUCUGGUGGUCCUCAUUGGCACGCGAGACCAUUUUGCGAAAAUAUUUAACAAUGACCCGAAUGUUAUCAAAUUAACAGCUGAUGUAUUACCAUAUGUGGCAGCUUUUCAGAUCGCCGAUGGGCUCAAUGGAAGUUGUGGAGGUAGUCUGCGAGGAAUGGGACGACAGCAUGUUGGCGCGAUGGUGAAUUUGGUGAGUUAUUAUUGCGGUGCGCUGCCUUUGGGAAUUUGGCUUGCGUUUCGAGGUUGGGGAUUGGAGGGUCUUUGGGCUGGGCAGUGUAUUGCGUUGUAUAUUGUCGGCGUCUUCGAGUGGAUUGUUGUUGCGCGCAGUCGUUGGGAUAUUGAAGUCAGGAAGGCUUUCCAGCGCAUGGAAGGAGAAUAA